ACGCGAUAGGGUGAACGUUACUACUCGAUUGGGAACGACAGAAAGAAGAGUUAUCCGUGAUACAGUGAUGGAGGAGGUUGCUGGAGGCACCACGAAGCAGAGCCUGAAACCGAGGAACCGGGGAAAGUUUACGGAAAGCCUAGGGAAGAGGAACCUAUGGACAAGGUCACGGCUGCAAAGAAAAAAUUUAUGUAUCAAAUCCGGAUCCUAACCAUGCCAGAGAUCGACGACGCUCUUAGCAAUUUGUUGGGAACCAUGGUAUCGGUAUCUUUUCAGACCAUGUUGCAAGCAAGCCCCAGACUGCUCAAAGGGCUUAGGCAACUAUUGACUCGCCGACGAGUGGAGGUAGACGGAAAUCCGAAGUCACUGGAAGAGGAAAAAGAGGAGGAGACUCCGCAAGAAGUUGCUAACCUCCAAAGGAUCCCUGGAGACUUAGAGGAUCUAGAAAAGGUUUUCGCAGACAUUCGCUUAAGCUUACCGGAUCGCGAAGGUGGGGAAGUCAUGAUAGCGACGCCCGGAACGAAGCUUAGUUUCCAUACGCUGCCCGUAGGAAAGCUAAAAUUGCAGAUCGGGACUCAUCACAAAGACACUCUAGUAGAUGGAGGAUCAGGACCCUCACCUAUCAAAAUAGGGGAAGGGGUAUAUAUCUCAUCAGGGAGUGAGAGCGAGGAAGAGAGAAUGGGCAUGGAAGAGAGGGAUGUAUGGGGAAGAGAAAGGGGUCAGAACCUCGUCGGGGAGGGGGGCGAAGACUGUAAACAGCAUGAGCAACGGUACAAGGAGGACGAAAUGAGGCAAGGUACGAAUAACGGUUGUGAAAAAGGGGAGGAAAAAACAGAGAGCCUGCAUAACAAACGAAGCGCCCACUACAGUUGUGAGAGGGGAUACACGGACGUUGGGGAAGAAUACGAAAAGAGGGUGGACAUUCCCUAUAACUUGGACCCUGAAAACCUUACGGGUGAGUUCAGCCCCGUACGAAGGGAAGAGGAUGAGGACGAGGAUGAAAAAGUGCAGGAGGUCAUUGAGAUUAGCAGUGGUGAUGAAACGGAUGAGAUCUCAAGGCCUAGAGAAAAAGGGCGACCCUCCAGAAGCAGGUCACAAGAAGGAUCCUUCAGAUGGGAAGAUGAGUUUGGACCAACACCUAGUCAUUGGUUUGAGCAAUGGGUUAGCGUGAUCAGACAUGGCUGGGUCAUCAAGGCCAGAGAACUGAUGGAGGCCGGAGUGACAGCCACACUCUUGGACUUUUACAAUAAAGAGGAGUUGCAAGAAAUUGCGAGGAGAAAGAGGGAAAUCUUGGCCUCCGGCCUGGGAACCAAGGGGUCAACGGAGAGAGGGGAUGAAAGGACAAAUGACAACAAAAGAGACUAGGCGCUAUGAGCAUUGAACAAAAGUUGUGUUUUUUGCAAUAUUGAAGUGGCAAAGUUUGGAUAGUAUGAAUGAGCUUGCUAGGAAUGAGCGGUACAAGGACUAGCCAGAACUAUGCCUCGAUGAGUUAGAAAACAGUAUUUUGAGUUUCUUCCUGGAUGAGCUACCUUUGAAAAGUUAUGUACGAAACGAGGACAAGGGGUAUGGGGACGAGACAGCUUGGAAUGGUUGCAUUGUGAGCCUGAACGAGACAAAGAUUGCACCUUUGAAAAGAGACUAUGAAUUUGGAUUGACGAGCAAAUCAAGGCAUUGAGUGUCG